UCAAUGAAAAACUCUCACAAUAUCUGAACAAUCUCUUCCAACACUGUGAAUAAAAAAAUUAAAGAACCAUACAUAAUGCAAAACAUAAAAUAUUUCGCGGCAAAGUUGUAAUUUGUAAACAAUUAAAGGCGUUUGCGUUUGCGUUUAGCGUUAAGCGUUUUACUCCGGUUCUCCUGAUUAGCUCGUUUCUUCAAAAAAAAAAAAAAACAAUCUUCUCACCGGAGAAAGAAAACUUGGGAGAGAGCUAAAAAAAAAGAUUGAAGCUGCUGGGAACAUGGUGAGAUUGAGCAGAGUGAUGCUUAAAGAGGCAGGACUUGCAAUCGACAAGACUCUGUCGGAGAUUCUCGUCUGCCCUCUCUCCAAGCAACCCUUGCGGGUUUGCGAGAAUACGAAGUCACUGGUCAGCGACACGAUCGGUGUCUCAUUUCCUAUCAAAGAUGGGAUUCCAUGCUUGGUUCCAAAGGAUGGUAAAAUACUUGAGGAGGACGGUGAUGCAUCCAAAGCCUCGUGAUUUUUGCUUCCACACCGCCGAAAAAAUAAAAGUGAUCAUCAGAAUUAAAGUAGCAACUUGUUGCACCGUAUCUACCGCCUGAGGCUUCUCAGUGGUUCAUAAGUUUUUUUAAAGUUUAAAGUUCUAGUGAGACACCAUUGCUUGAUUGUAAGCAAUUGGAAGAUAAUGAAGGUAUAUUUUCUUGUUAAGUUUCAGCUUAAGUUUCUUCGAGUCUAGGAUUCUCAUUGACUGGUUUUGAAACUUAAAAGCAUGAUUUUAAAGUA